UCAUCAACGUCUCAGACGAUGACAUUCGCCCUCACAGUCUCCUGUGCUACUAGCGCUGUGGUUAUCACUGCAUCGCUAUGCUCUGUUCUUGUUAUUAUGAAUGACAUUAACAAACUUAGCGAAGAUAUCUCCAUUGGAAUGGAAAAUUUCAAGGACGUUUCUGAUGUGGCAUGGGGAAACAUUAUGGUUCUUCAUGGAGGAGUUCGCCAACAAUCUGCUUCCGUUCAUCGUGAUGUUAAGAAACUUAUGGGAAUCAAUCUACGUAACAAAAGAAAUUCUGAUAGCUGCCAAUGUGAAUCUCGUGCUGCUGCUUGCCCAGCUGGAUCACCAGGAGAAAAAGGAGAGCCAGGACUUGCCGGACUUCCAGGACCUGAUGGAGAGGAUGGAAAAGACGGAGCUCCAGGAGUUGCUCUUCUUGUCACUCAUGACAUUCCAGGUGGAUGCAUCAAGUGUCCAGCUGGACCACGUGGGCCACGAGGAGAUGCCGGACCACCAGGACCACCAGGAAACGGUGGACGUCCAGGUCAACGCGGUACUCCAGGAGAGGCCGGAACACCAGGGCCAGUCGGAGAGCCAGGAGAGACUGGAGGUCCAGGACCACAAGGAAGACCAGGACAACGCGGAGAGCCAGGACAACCAGGAACCGUUCACACACCAGGAAACCCAGGUCGUCCAGGACCACAAGGACCACGUGGACAACAAGGAGAGCCAGGAAAGGAUGGAUCCAAGGGAAAUCCAGGAGACGAAGGACGUCAAGGACACCCAGGAAAAAAUGGAAGAACUGGAGCUCACGGAAAGGAUGGAGCCCCUGGAAAGUGCGGAAAGGAAGGACCAAUUGGGCCAGACGCUGGAUAUUGUCAAUGUCCAUCUCGUUCCAAUUAAUCUUUUGUGUUUUAUUGGAAAUAAAUUAUUGUUCGCGACAA